UAUAUAGGGGCGCGUGCUCUAUCGGUGGCCCCACAAACGUGACAUGUUACGCUGAACUGUGCGGAGUUGCGCGAAAAUUUCCGGUAUGCUGUAUAUAAACAAACCAGAAUCGCUGAGCCGGCUUAGUCACUAGAGCAGUGGACGAGGCGCGAUUGCAAAAUUGCAAUGAAGGCUUCAUUGCUGGUGGUGGUCUCAUCGCUGAUCGCCGUUGCCAGCGGGUUCACGCUGGAAUCGUUCCCAUGUGGAAUAUGUAAACCGACGGAAAUUUUAAGUGAGACGAUACCGUGCUGUGAGCCUAGUUGCGACAACGACUGCUCCCAGGUGAUCUGUCCCGAAUAUUCGAUCUACAAGCCGUCCUGCGUGUGUCGCGCUGGAUUCGUGCGGUAUGAGGGUGAAUGCAUUCCGAUAACGGCUUGCCCAGCGGUGGAACCAAUACCUUCGUGCCCACCCUACGAGGAACUCCAGCCAACGCCGGCUUGUUGCGAGCCAACCUGUUCGGACGACUGUUCCAACUUUGUGUGCCGUCUGGCGUUAAUCCACAAGCCGACGUGUGUUUGCGAGCGUGGCUACGUCCGGUACGAUGGCCGCUGCAUCAAGCCGGACCAGUGUCCAACCUGUGGCCCGUACGCCCGGUACAGCAACUGUACGCCCUGCUGUGAGUCAACGUGCGAGCUGGACUGCUCGUUGGUGCUCUGUUUGGCACCCUGCACCGGCCCUCCCACCUGUCUCUGCCAACCCGGAUUCGUGAAGCACAACGGAGUGUGCAUCAAGCAGGAGCUGUGUCCCCGGGGAGGAAUCGGCAACCCGGUGGCACCACCGGACGGCGCGGUCGAUUACGGCGCGCCCGAUUGCAGCGAGUGCGAGGAGUGUGUUGAAGGAUACGGAGAUGUUCCCUACCAACUGAGCUAAGAAUAAAA